AUGUCUGAAGUGAAUCAAGAGAAAAAGUAUUGUGCGGGUUUGCAAUGUGGCAAGGAGACAGAUUCGAAUCUGAAAUGCCCAGUUUGCCUGAAAGUCGGUAUCGAUUCGUCUUUUUGCGAUGAGAGCUGUUACAAGGACAACUAUAAAUCGCACAAGUCGAUUCACCCAAGUGAGGAUGACAAGUCGUAUGAUCCAUUCCCUAAAUACAAAUACACAGGGAACUUGAGGGCCUCAUAUCCGCUUACACCAAAAAGACCAAUCCCAGAGCAUAUAGAAAAACCAGAUUGGGCAGACAAUGGGAUGCCAAUACGCGAGCAGAGGAACGACAGACUGAAUAAGAUUCCAGUUUAUACCAAGGAGGAGAUCAAAAAAAUCAGGAAAGCAUGUAUGCUCGGCAGGGAGGUCUUAGAUAUUGCAAGCGCAGCUGUUAUACCAGGUGUCACUACAGACAAGUUGGACGAAAUCGUUCACAAUGCAACAAUCGAAAGAAACGCCUACCCAUCGCCCCUCAACUAUUACAAUUUCCCAAAAUCGCUGUGUACAUCAGUCAAUGAAGUGAUCUGUCAUGGCGUUCCUGACAAGACUGUUUUAAAAGAAGGUGAUAUUGUCAAUCUCGACGUUUCGUUGUACUUCCAGGGUUUCCAUGCCGAUUUGAACGAAACUUUUUACGUGGGCGAAAAGGUGUCAAAAGAAGCUAUCAACACCACUGAAACCGCAAGAGAAUGUUUAAAAAACGCUAUCAAGUUAUGUAAACCAGGUGCUACAUUUCAUGAGCUCGGUGAUUGUAUAGAGAAGCACGCUACUGAUAAUAAGUGUUCCGUGGUGAGAACUUACUGUGGUCACGGUGUCGGUAAGUAUUUCCAUUGUGCGCCAAGUAUUCCACAUUAUGCCAAGAAUAGAACACCCGGUGUUAUGAAACAGGGUAUGGUUUUCACGAUAGAACCUAUGAUCAACGAAGGCUCAUACAAGGAUGCCACAUGGCCUGAUGAUUGGACUGCAGUUACUAGAGAUGGCAAAUUAAGUGCUCAAUUUGAGCAUACUUUACUUGUAACAGAUUCAGGUGUCGAGAUAUUGACUGCUAGAAACAAAAAAUCACCAGGAGGACCGAGACAAAGAACCAAGUAA